UGGAGGGUUGGGGGUGGUGGGAACCAGACCCAGGGCCCGGAUGCUGGGCUCCGCACACUCUCUGCAAUGCUGCUGCUGUGCGUGUGGGUGGUCGCAGCCUCCGCGCUGGCAGCGCCAGCUCGCAGGACUAGUGGGAAGUGGCGGGGAGCAGCUCAGGCUUGGCCCAAAACGUCUAAUGUGGUGCUAGUUGUGAGUGACUCCUUUGAUGGAAGGCUAACAUUUUAUCCAGGAAAUCAGGUCAUGAAACUUCCUUUUAUCAACUUCAUGAAAGCACGUGGCACUUCCUUUCUGAAUGCCUACACGAACUCUCCAAUCUGUUGCCCAUCGCGUGCAGCAAUGUGGAGUGGCCUCUUCACUCACUUAACAGAAUCUUGGAACAACUUUAAGGGCCUAGAUCCAAAUUAUACAACAUGGAUGGAUAUCAUGGAGAAGCAUGGCUACCGAACACAAAAAUUUGGAAAAUUGGACUAUACUUCAGGCCAUCAUUCCACUAGUAACCGUGUGGAAGCAUGGACAAGGGAUGUUGCUUUUUUACUCAGACAAGAAGGCAGACCUAUGGUUAAUCUUAUCCCUAAAAAGACUAAAGUAAGAGUAAUGGAAAAGGACUGGAAGAAUACAGACAGAGCAGUAAACUGGUUAAGAAAAGCAGCGAGUACUCACACUCAACCAUUUGUUCUGUAUUUGGGAUUAAAUUUACCACACCCUUAUCCUUCACCAUCUUCAGGAGAAAAUUUUGGAUCUUCAACAUUUCACACAUCUCGUUACUGGCUUAAGAAAGUGUCUUAUGAUGCCAUCAAAAUCCCAAAGUGGUUGCCUCUGUCAGAAAUGCACCCUAUAGACUAUUACUCUUCUUAUACAAAAAACUGCACUGGGAAGUUUACAGAAAAAGAAAUUAAGAAUAUUAGAGCAUUUUAUUACGCUAUGUGUGCUGAGACAGAUGCCAUGCUUGGUGAAAUUAUUUUGGCUCUUCACCAGUUAGACCUUCUUGAGAACACUAUUGUCAUUUAUACCUCAGACCACGGAGAGCUGGCCAUGGAACACCGUCAGUUUUAUAAAAUGAGCAUGUACGAAGCUAGUGCCCAUGUUCCACUCUUAAUAAUGGGACCAGGGAUUCAGGCCAACCUACAAGUAUCAAAUAUGGUUUCUCUUGUGGAUAUUUUUCCGACUAUGCUUGAUAUUGCUGGAAUUCCUCUGCCUCAGAACCUGAGUGGAUACUCUUUGUUGCCAUUAUCAUCAGAAAUAUUUAAGAAUGAGAGUAAAUCCAAAAACCUACAUCCGCCCUGGAUUCUGAGUGAAUUUCAUGGAUGCAAUGUGAAUGCUUCCACCUACAUGCUGCGAACUAACCAGUGGAAGUAUAUAGCCUACUCUGAUGGUACUUCAGUACUGCCUCAACUCUUUGAUGUUUCCUCAGAUCCAGAUGAACUAACAAAUAUUGCUACAAAAUUUCCAGACAUUGUGUAUUCUUUGGAUCAGAAGCUUCGUUCCAUUAUAAACUACCCUAAAGUUUCUGCUUCUGUCCACCAGUACAAUAAAGAGCAGUUUAUCAAGUGGAAACAAAGUGUAGGGCAAAACUAUUCAAAUGUUAUAGCAAAUCUUAGGUGGCAUCAAGACUGGCUGAAAGAACCAAGGAAGUAUGAAAGUGCAAUUGAUCAGUGGCUUAAAACCAAUAUUACCCCCCAAAAAGUGAACAAAAAUAAGAAAAUGUUCCAGAGCUAUAUAUAGAAACUUGUUAAAAGAUGACUAAUUAUGUGUUUUAAGUAUUAAUUUUAAUAAUUACUGAUUUUUACUUUUAAAGAAUGUACACUAUUUUAAAAUAGAAAACCACCAUUAUAGAAUUAUGUUUUCAAAAAUGAUUAGUAUUAACAUCGCAUUCUUACUAACUUCUAACAAUUUAAUGGAAGUA